AGUGUAAAUUUUCCUAUAAUUUAUAUAUACGAAACAAACAGCAAACCGACGUCGUAUGGAACAAGAUUGACUUGCUACCUGGCUACCGUUAGUAAUGAUGCAAAAGUCCUAGAACGGCUUCUCCGCACCUCUCUCUCUUCAUUUUACAUUAUUUCUCAGUUUUUUCUUACGAAAGAAAAUCUAUAAGAAGCGAAGGCAUGGACGAGGGUUUUGCUGGUGCGACUGCGAAUUGGGAUUUUCUAAAUCUCUUCUCCAGUUCUCACAUUUCUGAUCUUCAUCGACAUCUCGACGGAUCCUGAGCCUUUUUCCCUACAAAAUUGCUUUGGAAAUUUAGGGUAUGGGAAAUUUCAAAGAGAAAAGUUAGAAAAGCUUUUAGUCGUAGUGAAGAGGCUGGUUCCAAGAUUUUGUUUCUUUCGACAAUGGAAAGGGAAGAUGUAAUGGAUCUUGAUUUGAAUUUAGAGCCUCUGGAGGAACCUCAGUAUUCUUGGCAUGGUGUGGAAUCUCUACUGAAUGAGUUAGAGACCGCCCAAGGUCGUAUUGAAGCAAGAAUCAGACAAUUAGAGGUGGCUACUAGGGAACGGCAAGCUCGUAGGCAGCUUCAAGCUCGUAGUCCACCUUCAAUCGUAGAUGUAACUUCUGUGCAAACUGCAUCCAGUGAUGCUCCUCGAAGCAGCACUAUCUUGUUUUCUGGGAAUGAUCCUAGUGUAGCUCAAGAAAGUCCUAUGGAGAUUGUGAAAGGGAACAAAAGGAAUUGUACUGAGUUGAUUGCCAAGGCUCUUGCGACGGACCCGAAUGAGAAUAUCGGUGGACAUCGCAGUGGAGACUUUUUCGAUUGCAAUAUAUGCCUGGAAAUUGCCAUGGAGCCUAUACUAACCUGCUGUGGUCAUUUGUUUUGUUGGCCAUGCUUUUAUCACUUGCCUUAUGAGCAUGGUAAUGUAAAGGAGUGCCCUGUUUGUGCAGGAGAAGUGGUGGAGUCUGCUUUGGUUCCAAUAUACGGUAAUGGGGAUAACAAGUAUUCUCGCAAGUCGAAGGAGUCAGGUUUGGAGUUUCCUCCCAGGCCCCAGGCUAAAAGGACUGAGAGUAAGAGGCAGUUUCGGCUUAGUCGAGGAAUACAAUUACCACCUAGGAUAGAAGAAAGGAUUCAGCUGCUGACUAAUAUUGUUGGCAACGUUGAAGGCAGAGCCAGUUCUGUGCUUAACCAAUAUGAAACUGAGCCACCAGUGAGUAGCCAACGACGUGAUGCUGUGAACUUUUCAAGGCAAUUAUUACAUGGUUCUGCUUCAUUCUCUUCACUCUCAUCAGCAUUGGACUCUGCUGAAAGAUUAGUUGAUGACCUUGAGACAUAUGGUAAUUCUUUUCCGACGGUGAGCUCCGGGCAACAAUCUCUUAAUGAUGAUAUUUCUGUUGCAGCUUCAGAUCUGGCUGAUAUUUCACAAGUAGAAAGCAGCUCUGAAAUUCCUUCUACUAUGGCUGUUAUAAUUAAUGAUGAUCCUGCAAUGUCUGGUGGUACCGAUACAGAAGAAAGCAUUGGAGCAGAGCCGUGGUCAGCUGCUAGGAGAGCAUCCAACGGUCCAAGGAUUCGAGGUGGAACUAGAAGGAUAUGGUUUAGCUGAGAACAAUUGUUCAAGGAUAUGGUUUACACAAAAAUGUUGUGUGGUUGCUUAUUUACAUCUGCUCUUAAGUCAAGUGAUUUGUCACCUUUAAAUGGCACUGAUGCAGUUGUGUCUGAAUUAUUAUUACUUUUCGAACCAAUUUUGUUUAGUUAAGAUUAAGAGAGGAAAUGUUUCUAAAUGCUGGAUUCCCUUGAUCAAAUGUUAUGUAAAUAUUUUUAGUAUAGGAUUCCUUGUACAUUUCUGAAAUAAUCAAAUAAAUGCUUAGCAGUAUUUAUGUAUUAA